GCUCGCUUCCGGUAGUCACCGUUGCCGCUGCUACGGCUGCUGCUUCUGCUGCUGAGGCUGCGGGCGGAGGCCGGAGGACCGGGCGGCGGCGGCGGCGGCGGGAGCGCAGCGGGACGACCGAGCGAGAGCCGGCGAGUUGAGAGCCGAGCGCUCUCUUUCUCCCGCUCGACGAGCCAGUGCCUCCCGGGCCCCGCCGCCGCCGCCGCACAAAGCCGCGAGCCCGCGCCUAAGCCAUGUCCGCGUCGGCAGGCGGCGGCCACCAGCCUAGCCAGAGCCGCGCCAUCCCCACGCGCACCGUGGCCAUCAGCGAUGCCGCGCAGCUACCUCAGGACUACUGCACCACUCCCGGCGGGACGCUGUUCUCCACCACGCCGGGAGGAACACGGAUCAUUUAUGACCGAAAGUUUCUGUUGGAUCGUCGCAAUUCUCCCAUGGCACAGACCCCGCCUUGCCAUCUGCCCAAUAUCCCUGGAGUCACCAGCCCUGGCACCUUAAUUGAAGACUCCAAAGUAGAAGUGAACAACUUGAACAACCUGAACAAUCAUGACAGGAAGCACGCAGUUGGGGAUGAGGCCCAGUUUGAAAUGGACAUCUGACUGCUGCACAGUCAAAGGAGGCUUCAGCGCAACAGCCCAUGUGACUGACUAGGCCAGUAGGAACCGAGAAGCCGGCAGUUCCCCCUCCCCUCCCUCUGGGUGCCAAAUGAUGGGAGAUAAGCUCCAUUGACCACAACUUCCCCUGUCUCCUGCCCCUGCCCCGCUAAGGUUAGGAUGAUAGCCCUUGGAUUACUCUGUGGAACUGAGUGGUUGGUCCUUGGAGGAAAGCAGUCCCUGUAACUUUCCUGUUCAUUUCCUAAGACUCUUCUGCCCCCUUCUGUCAGGAACUCUAAGAAGCAGCACCUCUGCUUGGGGUGACUGGGGAGGGAAGGAUGUUUGGUGCCCAUUGCUGUUCCUGUACUCUCUUCUGUCUUCCUCCCUGCAUCCCAUUGGUGAGUCAGUGCUGGAUGUGGGAUCUUUAAACCAUUCUGAAGAAUGAUAAACAAUAUGAGCUGCUUGCCCUAUCCCUGGAGAUGUUUGUCCUCGGUACUGGAGCACAGCUCUUGUACCUCCUGUAUGUAGCUCCGACUGCAUACCUGGGCCACAUGUCAUGAGCUCCCUUUUCUCUGGGGAGAAGGCUUCUGUCCUGGGUGUGAUGGCUCAUCUCCCUAUUCCCUUAUCUAAUUCAUUGGCACAGGGAUUUUUUUAAACCUUCCUUCUGAAGAGACCCCUGGGUGACCAGGUGGUCUUUGCUUGUCUGCCAUUCUUCCUGCCUGCAUCUUGUAGGCAAAGUCCUCUUCACUCCAAAAUGCCCUGGGACUUCUGUCUGCUCCCAGAUCAGUCAUUUGAAGUGCCAGUGCUUUGGUCUCCACCUGGUGGGCACAGCUGGUCCCAGCGGUCUGCCUGAGAAUGCCCUAACUCUGGCCUCUGCAGAGGACUGAGCCACACAAGUAGCCAGCCCUAGUAGUCAUGGUUUAAACCUGAUAGACCUUAGCAGGUUUGCUGCCCUGUAGUUUAUUAUAUUUUGAGUUUAAAGUUGACUCCCCUAUUCCCUUCCUCUGAAUCUACUUUAUCCUUGGCUGCCGAGAGAGAAGCACGGGCUGAAAGAGUGCAUUCCUCCCAGUUUGCUUCUCCUCCUCAUUGUAGACCUUCCUUCUUGCUUCCCUUCCUUCUCUCCUUUUCAAACCUCACUCUCUUUCCUUCUGGUUCUUCCACCAGGCCAUUUUCUAAAUCUACAUCAAAGAUACCUCCCAUGUUGGUAUCUGAUAAUAUCUGUCUCUUCUCUUAUCAGAGGAGAGACUUUUUAUUUUUAAGAUGACUACAGACCUAUUUUUAGAUAAGUUUUCAGUACAAUUUUGAACUGCAACUUUUUUAACAAAACAUCUUCCAGUAUUAGGAAGGUUAUAAAAAAAUGUUCCUAGGCAAGUCUGCUGUCUUCACUGUUGGUUAUCUCUCACAGUUGCUUCUGAGUGCUUUCCUGUGCUCUAAAGUUUAGGGGGCUAUUUGGAGUAUAGUGGUUUGUGAAACUGGACCAGUCUGCCUUGCUAUGAGUUGUUGGCGAAAACUUCAUUCUUUUCCUUUACCUUUUUGCUCUCUUGUUCCUCUCUGCCCCACAUUCCUGGUACUGUGGACCGACAGGGAGAUCACGGGAGAGAGGCCCCCAUAGACAGGCUGGUGCAUCCGUCCUCCUACAGGAAGACAGUACAACAGCCACUGGUGUCCUGGGAGUUUCUGGUUCUAUUGGAUGCCUGUCUAAGCCCUCUUAGUAAGAUUUCAGAUCCCCAUUGGCUGGGAAAGAAAGCUGUUCGUUUUUCCUUUGCACCAUGGAAAGACCCUGUUUUGUGAAGACUUUAGGAAAAAGGAAGGACAUCUGCAGAACUUGUUCAGUUUCCUGCCACACAAUGUGAAUAGCUCGUACUGCAGCCCUCUGUGACGGUCGCUGUCUCAGGAAUAAGCUGGGUCUCCAAUGUUUGGGGAUUCUUGUAGUCUCCAAGUUGAUAAUCAGAAGAGUUUUAUUUCUUUGUUAAAUGUAUCUGUUAUGUUUUUAAUUAAACUCCAAGUUUUAUUUCAUGGAGUCUUGGGAAAGCUUAAGUUGUGCAGCCAUUGGCAUAAGCAGCUUGCUCAGGACCUCUGUACCCUGGAGCUUCAUUCUUCGCGAGCAAGGCUCAUGGUUCUUCGCACAUUGGUGUUUGGCACCCUGUGGACUCUGCAGUGAGGAGGUGUGAGUGUGCAGAAGAAUAUACGCUUCCUCAUUGAACGCUGUCUGCAGCAGAGUGGCUUCCUGGACCCACCACCGGGAAGGGAGACAUGGCAGCUGAGUAGGAUAGAGAAACUUUCCUUUUUCUUGCCAUCUUGGAGAGUCUGCAUGUGCGCCCCUCCUCAAUGAGAAGACAUGUCUAGUAUUCCUUGGAGUGUCACCUGCGUGGUGCAGGAGUCUUUUAGCCUUAUGUCCUCUGCCAGGACCCCUCACUGCUUGGUGCAGGCCUUAUAUGAAGGCCACCCGUUCUUUGACCUCCAUACAUGAGCAUUGUAAGAUAAUUGCACAAGGCAAGACAUAAGCUUCCAGCAAAUGGCAUUUUUGUGCCAUGCCUCAUGAGCCAUUUUCUAGUAAGCAUGGUCCAGUGGGGGUUCACCUCUGGGUGGUCACAAGGCCUCACAGCUGGAGCCUUAAAUGGAGGGUGUAUGGUCCUAAUCUGCCAGCCUCCCUCCUGAAGGAGACAGUUAUUUAAACCUUAGUAGCCAUCUACACUGUUGCUAUGAAGGAUGUGUUUCUGCACUUGGGACAAUCAACCUACAUGAGGAAGAAGCUCCAGCCCUGGCGGGAGACACCAGCAGUGCCCUUCCUCCUGAGUUCCCAGCCCUUGUGUUCUGCUGAAAUAGGCACUUCCUUGCCUCCUCCAGGGCACUGGAGUGGAAAAGCUGGCUUCUAGAUAGAAAGAGUUAUCUACUGCUGUGUAACAAAUUACCUGCCAGCCUAAUAUCUUACAAUAGUAAACGCUACCUGUUGGUGUCUCAAAUAGGGUUAGAGGCUGCUCAGCAUGGAGCUUUAGCAUGAGGUCUCAUGGAGAUGCAUGUAGUCUGUGGGUGGGGCUGCUCUCGUCUGGAGCUGGAGAAUCCCACUUCCAUACUUUGUUUUUGUGGUUGUCAGCAGGGUGCCUUCCUUGUUCCAUAUGGGUCUCUGUUAGGUAUCAUGCCAUAGCACCUAGCUUCCUCCUGAGUGACUGAUCCUAGAAAAGGAGGUGGGUAAGAAGAAAGUUGCAGUGCCUUUACACCACCGUGUCCCUAACAGGAGGAAAGUAGUCCUCAGGGAAGUGGGGAUAGCCACAGCCAUAAGCUGGGUGCGCAUUGCUAUCAAACAGCCCUCUAAAGUAGGACCAAACUGGGAUAAAAGACUUCUCUUUCCCCAAAGCUACCCAUUUAUCUUAAGAGAAGCGGCAGGAAAUGAAGAUUCCCAGAUCCAUUGCAUCCCCACCCCCCAUCUGCCUGUUUUCUCAAGAAUGCUUGCUUUUCUGAGAUUCUGAGGGGGCCUCUUCAAGCGUCAUUUACCCCUUCUGUCUUCCUUUAGCCCAGAGUUGACAAAAGGAAUUGGGGGCCUUCCUGUGCAGCCAUACAAACUUUCUUAACUGGAGCGGUGUUUGUCUGGCAGAGGAAUCAAAGGACAUUGGAUGUCAGGUUCAUGAGUUACAGAGCAGAAAGCAGUUCAGGUUCCUGGUGAUGAUAUUGAAGUCAGGUGCUACCUGCAUGCAUUGGUCUAGGUGUUCCACCCAGAUCAUAAGCCAGGGACAUCUGAAAAUGCAGAUGUCUGUAUACUUGAUUCCUCUGGUCUGCAGCAUGCAGAGUAGCCUGUUGCCUCCUGGGCACUUGGAUAGAAGGGCGCUUUUACAAAAAGCAGCAGUCUUGUUUUCACCUGUAGGGGACGCUUCAGAGGUGGCUCGCCAGUGCCUCGGAUCUCAUGGGAUGUCUACUUGUCCAUUCUCCCCAUCCUUAGAUGGAGGCUCUUGAUUAAAUUGGUGCUCUGUCUUGCUAGCCUUUUCUGUAGCCAUGCUUGCUUUAGAAUGUAUUUCAGGCUCUCAUGGUGGGUUUCCUUCUAGGGGUGAGGAAUAGAAAGCUCUUGUUCCUGUCUCCUUGGGCCUCUCAUCUGUUGUGUUCCACUGAAAGUCCAUCCAGCCUGCUUGUAUAGGCUGCCACUGUAAGUUAGGGCACUAGUGUACCAGACAUGUAUCAGAUAGGGAGCCUCCUUCCCAUCUGCAUCUUGGGUGCUGGCUGCUUGAGGGGGGUGUGGUGUAACCCUUUUUAUCCCCUCUAGAGGAAAGGCACUACUGUAUUCACACAGUUCUUUAGUAUGUUUUCUGGACUCCAUGCCCACGGCAGCUAUUGAUUGAUCUGCGAAAACCCAAUCACUGACCCAUCCUUACCAUGGAAGGCGGGGUUUAUAGUGGAGGAACACCAUUUCUUCUUGGGGUAGAGGGUUCUGUCUGAGCUUUUGAGUUACCCACAGCCCUUGCCUCUCAGCCUUUCGUGACAGGAAUCCGGGCUCCUGCAGUUGAGGCAGUCCUUCGGUGCUUGCCAUCCCGCUGUGCUUCCUGCUCUGGCAGUGCUUUUCACGGUAGUGGUGGACUUUGUGAAGCUGCUCACAGUAGCUGAAGACUGUAAGGAUGACUGACGGGUCCUCAAUUUUCCAGUUGAUCAGUCAAGAUACCUUCCCUACUCUAUGAAACUAGCUUUCCCUUAGGCAGGUCCUGGAUGGCAGAGCUUACUUUCAAAGUCUUUGGGUUGUCUAUGGUUUCCCUCUGCUUGCUCCAACUCUUCCUGCACCCUAGUGGGCCAUACUGUGCCCAGUAGAAAAGGCUACUGAACUGAGCGGAAACAGUUCCUAGUGGAUACAAACUCCUGCCUACCUUUCUGAGGUGGAAGGGUGGCGGUGGGAGGCCGAAUGCCUGGUAGACACUUGGCUGUGCUGAUGUUUCCAAAGGGAGCUCCUCCCAGGGCUUCCGACCUAAAUCCAGGGCGUUGUGAACUUAGAGAAUCCACAAAUCUAGCACAGAAUGCCCAUUCUUGCCUCUAUACCCCCUUCCUCUCCAUUUCAGUCUUAAAAACUGCCCAGCCCAGGCCUGGGGGUUAUGACUGGAGGGCAAGAGAGUGGGGACACCAGCAGGAGGUAGGGGCCAGCUCCAGGAAGCCUUAAAGAAGGCAACUUGAAGAAUCCCAAGGACUCCGAUUCCCACUUGUUCAUAUUAAGAAUCUGUGUUUUCUGAUAGACCCUCCCCUGUUCACUGCUGCAGUCUUAGCCACAUGGGAUGGAAUUUCAGAGGCUGCCAGUACUUUUUCCUUGGUCCUCCUACUUGGUUCCCUUGAUGUGCUGUCCCCUUACCCUCCUCCCUUCGCUGUCAGCAAUGGUCAGUGGAAGGUUCCAUGCAAUCCUAGGACAGUCCUGUGUGAUUCCAUGACCAGUUUGUUUUCUUACUGUCCUUCCAAGCCAGCAGGUGUUUGGAACUAGUAAAAAAUUUCUCACCAACAGUUGCUGUUACAGCUAAAUAAAGAUAUUGAAUAUUGA